AUGGCGCCCCACGAAACAAUUCCCGGCACAAAUAUAUAUGGUCCUGGCACGUUUAUUGACAAGAACUUCAUUCCAAUCCCUAUCGAUGCGAAACGUGUAUUUGAGCUUUUGGCCUCGCAAACCCCUGGUUUUACCAAAAGCCCAGACGUAUGGAGCACAGUCACCUUCAGCGGUGGCUCUACUCCAGUGAUUCCUGGCCCGAUCAAGAGUCCCGUCGUUGCCGCCGUUCUACAUGCAAUGUGUGGCGUUGUCGCGAAUGAAUUGCUUGAGCUCCGGGACGGAAAGCCACUUCGGGACAAGUCGGUGAAAGUCAACACUGAUCACGCGGGACUUUGGCUCGGAUCGACCUUUACAACCUACGUCAACGGAGAGGACGUUUCAACUCUCUUGAGAUCCAACCGAUUGAGCUCUCUCUUCGAUCGAGACUUUGAACAAGGCUUUUCAAAAGGAUUGGCGGCAAGAACGACUGCGAUUUAUCAGACAAAGGAUCCCAAGGUCUGGUAUCAGCUCCAUGGUUCGCUCGACGCCAACAAAACCCUCCAGUCGAUGGGCAUUCCUACCAAUGUCAAAUUUGACACUAUGAAUGAGUAUUAUGACUUCAUUCAGUCAUUCGUCAAGGACUGGAGUCCGGACGAACUUGAGAUGCACAACGUGCGCCAUGGCCUUUGCGGAAGUAUCUGUUACACGCCGCAAGCAUGGAAGAAUACCGUCAUGGGUCAACGCCUAAACUCACAUCCGUUGAUAAACUACGCUCAUCAAACUUAUGCUGUCCAUACUCCCCAGGGGCCUCUGCCCAGAGUCGUGACGGAUAACAGGCCGUUGGCAGGAGUCAAGGUGUUGGAGAUGGUACGCAUUAUUGCUGGUCCGAUUAUCGGCGUAACGCUGGCUUCGUAUGGCGCCGAUGUGAUUAGAGUCAACUGCAGUAAGCUUGCCGAUCUAAACGUCCUACAGCUCACUCUGAAUGCUGGCAAGCGCACUAUCGACCUCGACAUAACUCAAACUGAAGACAUGACACGGCUUCGUGAGCUGAUCUCCGAUGUAGACGUCUUUAUUCAAGGGUUUCGCUAUGGAUCAUUGGAGCGCAAAGGUCUUGGACUCCGAAGCAUGCUCGAACUUGCGGCAAAGAGGGGCAAGGGCAUCGUUUACGUUGACGAAAAUUGCUAUGGCUCCGAUGGCCCUUUUGCCGAACGUCCUGGCUGGCAGCAGAUCGGAGAUGCUGCUAGCGGGACAGAGUACGUCAUGGGCAAGUCUCAAGGGCUUGAAGAUGGGCACAGCGUUUUGCCUCCUCUUCCAGUAUCUGACAUGACGACUGGCCUUGUCGGUGCACUUGCAGUCAUGAUGGCCCUUCGUGAUCGGGCUAGUAAGGGAGGCUCCUAUCAUGUUAUUAGCUCGUUGGUUGCCGCCGAUGCUAUUGCGUUGGAAAAAGAAGUUGGAUUGUAUUCGCCCGAGAUCGUGGCUCAAACAGCUGAAAGGUUUGGCUUUGUGCCCUCGACGUCGGAUCAGUUUGUAUCCGAGAUUAUGAUUCAGGUCAUUGACGGGUGGAAGAAAGGUCUUCCAGGCUGUAUAGAGAAGGACUCAGAUUUGAUGGAAGUUGUACAAGGAGGACCAUGGGGCGAGCAGAGACUUCUUAAGCCUGUCACUCAGCUUGGCGACAGCGCAGCUACCCCAAGGUGGACGAACCCCGCUGUACCUAACUGCUAUUAUCCGAGUAGCAUUCACUGGCACGAGGUAUAG